CCUCAUAGCUGUUUGCCAGCGACUGGAUUGUCCAUGGUGGAUUGUGAUCAAAAAACCCAUUAUUCGCGGUCCAAAACUUAGCAUGGGCUCGAAAAGUUCUUGCAGCAGAAGACAUGUCCGCCUUCUGUGCGUUCUUAUACUACUCGGUUUAGCCCUUCUGCUCGUUUGGGGCAACUUGCAGCGGGCUCAGAAGCUUGUCCAGACACCCAAAUCCGAUGGCCCGAAACCGCUGGGGUCGCCAGCUUUGCACGCAGAAUUCCAGCUGGUGAAUGUGGAGCCACCCAAGAUCCCCAGGCGAGAGGACUCUCCCCGCACCAAGGACCUGCAGCUGUUGCUGAGGUGCCGGAACCGAUCCCUCAAGCUCCGGAGACUGCAGCACGGGGAGUUCUGGCUGCUCCAGAACCUGGUGAUUGGCCGAAGGAGUCGUCAUGUGGGGUGCGCCGAGUCUGUAACGUACACCACAAACGGGGACUACACGUUCUUUGACAAUCUUGAAACGGUGGCCUUACGUUGGCGUGCUCCCGUGAGCUUCGCCAUCCAUGCGCCUGGAUACGAUCUGAAUGCCACUCUGGAUGCGAUUCGGUACGUCCGAAACUGUCUGCCGGGCAGCGAGAUCAUCAAGGACUGGGUCACCUUCCACGUGUACUUCUCCCACCUGCACAUGCCACCCUACGUGCCACUUGACGAGUCAGAGGUCCUGGGAGUGGCGUCCAGCUGCAUCCAGGCCAAUGGAUCCCCUGUUCCGCCGCCCUACACCCUGGUCGCUCGCAGCGAGAGCUACAAGGCCAGGGCCAACCUCACCUACCCCAUCAACGUGGGCAGGAACAUAGCCAGGCAGGCGGCCAACACCCACUUCAUCUUCGCCUGCGACAUCGAGCUGUAUCCCAGUCUGGGCUUUGUGGAUCAGUUCCUGGACAUGGUGGCCCGUAACCACAGUGUCCUGGCCCUGGACCCCCAGCAGCCGAGAAGGGUGUUUCCCCUGCCCGUCUUCGAGGUAGAGGCGGGAGUCCAAGUGCCCGCCGACAAGGCUGAGCUGCUGACCCUCUAUCGCAACCAGCAGGCACAGGUGUUCCACUGGAACCUGUGUCGCACUUGCCACAUGAUUCCCAGGCAACAGGAGUGGCUCAAUCAAACUUAUAGCGGAGAUCGGCUGCAGUUGUUCAGCAAAACCCUGCGGAAAAACAAGUUCCGGGCCUGGGAGCCAUUCUACGUGAGCGACAACACGGAGCCACUGUUCGACGAGCGGGUUUCCUGGGAGGGAAGGUCGAACAAGCGCAUACAGAACUAUGCCAUGUGCCUAUUGGGCUACGAAUACCACGUUUUAAGUCCGGCAUUCCUAGUUCACAGUCCAGGGAUCAAAAAAUUCACCGAAAGUGAUUCUUCUCGUCUCAAAUUUGCGAAGGAGAUGACAAAAUUUAUCAAGGACAAAAUCGAACCCGAGUACCGUGUGCUGUUCGGACAAAACUCUGCCUGCAGGACGUGACAUCCAGCUCAUUCAGCCCAGAAAGGAGUAUUAUUUUACUUUUAGCUAUUGUUAGUUCUCAUAACAUCUUAGUACAACAUUGAUGUCAAGUAUAGCACAUGAGUCAAACAAUCAUUCUACGUUUGCUCGCGAUUGUGUGCCCCAAGAGGGCUUAAGGGGAACAUUCAGGAUUAUGAAGCAGAAAAGUACAAUUCCCUGAAGGAUCACUUCAAGGACUCAAAAAUAAA